AUGGUGGCCAAGAACAAAAGUUACGAGGAGUUUUACGAGGAGGAGGAGAAGAAGACGAGUUUUACGAGGACGAAGAACGAGGACGAGGUUUUUUACGAAGACGACGAAGAGUUUUCGACGCCUCCGAAAGAACAACAACACGGUAGUUAUGUUGAAGAAGCGAUCGUGUGCGUGCACACGCUCGUCCACCGGUCGAAGGUAGGCGUCGUCGUCGGUCUUCGCGGGAGAACGAUAUUUGACAUCGAGCGAAGAACCGGAGCGAGCGUCUCUAUCUUGCGAGAAGAAGAAGAAGAAGAAGAAGGAAAAGGAGAAGGAGAAGGAAAAGAGGAAAGAGUAAAAGUCGUCUUAACCGGCACGGCGCAAAUGUGCAAAGAAGCGGCGAAAAUCAUCGAAAGCAUCUCAGAUGGGAACAUUAUCGACGAGAAGACGACGACCGAAAAAGAUGGAAGGAAAGAGACGUACGGACGACGAUCGGUAUCCGUUUCGAGAGCCGGAGAUGGUGAAAAGCUGCUGCGCCCGCUCGAGAAAGCGUUUUUAGGGUGGACGAGGAAAACGGGAGAAGAGAACGAGGUCGAAGAUGUAUAUUCGAGCGGAGAAGAAGAUAUUAUAUCCACGGAAGACGGAGAGAACGACGACAACGGCGAGGUAGAGGAAUGCUCGUUUAACCACCAUCACGCGACGACGACGACGGCGAUGACGACAAAGCAUCGAAAAACACCGCCCCCGUACGAACGAGACGCGUCGAGGUUCUUCGGAACGCUCUCGACGGCGACAGUGCGAAUCCCAGACGCCAAAGUGGCUUUAAUUAUCGGGAAACAAGGCGCACACAUCGAGUUCUUACGACACAUGACCGGUUGCUCUUUGAAUAUGGCGAGCCAGGUUGUGGAUGUAGGGGACGUUUUUUUGAAUAAGGACGAGCGCGUAUUCAAGGCGGCGACGAACAUGGCCGAACGCGUUUUGUUGAUCGAGAGCACUUCGUUAACAGAUGUGGCCAGGUGCGUCGCGCUCGUGGCUGAUAUCGUCGAAGGCACCUUGUACUUACAAUCGAAAAAAUCUGGAGGAGUUGGAUUUUCGUCCACCGACGACGACGCGAUGCCAUAUAUGAAGGAAAUUCACGUCUCCAUCCGCGAAUACGCGAGCGUAAUGACGAAAACGACGUUUCGCGUAAAAACGAAAGCGAAAGAAGUGAAGCGCACUUGCACGUUUUCUUCUUCUUCGCAACAACAACAACAACAACAACAACAACAACAACAACAACAACAACAACAUCAACAUCAACAGUGCACGUCUACAACUUCUUCGCAAUCGAGACGCAUGUCCACUUCCUCCUCCCCGGAACGGCGUUCCUAUCACCAAGAGAACCGCCAGCAUCGAGUGCGGCAAGAAAACGAACAACAACAGCACUAUUCCUCUUCCUCGUACUACGACUACUACGCAAACCCUCCUUCAUUAAAGUUUGAUCCAAUAACGAACGAGUUAUUAGCAGUCGUACCACCUCACGUUGUUUCUGCACCGCCACCACCAUCAAUCAACGUAGUAAACGUCGACGAAGACAACUAUUUUUGCGAAGACGACGAGUCCGACGCGUACAGCACCGACUCCGAUUUCGCCGCGUGA